AUGCCUCGCGGUUCGAUGGAGGUAAGCGGGCCCGGCGCGGUCUGUGUGCGGGGAGGGCGGCGGGAGCUGGCUGUCUGCGGCCGGGGAGGAGGACGGUCUCCGGGAGGGGGGUGGAAGCUGGUGGCGGCCCGUGUGGGAUCCCCCCGGGAGUCACGUGGGGGGUGAGUCCGGCGGGAGGCUGGGCUUUCAUUCACCGGUAAUACCGAGCAUCGGGAACCGGGCCUGCAACGUGCGGCACCCUGCCCCUCCCCCACCGCCUGAGACUGGAGCCUGAAAAUGGCCGCCGUCAGAGAGAGAAAAUGGGAGCCGGCCGUGUGACUGACAACCCCCCUCCUCUCACACUGCCGGUAACCGGAUCCCUCUCACACUGCCGGUAACCGGAUCCCUCUCACACUGCCGGUAACCGGAUCCCUCUCACACUGCCGGUAACCGGAUCCCUCUCACACUGCCGGUAACCGGGUCCCUCUCACACUGCCGGUAACCGGGUCCCUCUCACACUGCCGGUAACCGGAUCCCUCUCACACUGCCGGUAACCGGAUCCCUCUCACACUGCCGGUAACCGGGUCCCUCUCACACUGCCGGUAACCGGGUCCCUCUCACACUGCCGGUAACCGGGUCCCUCUCACACUGCCGGUAACCGGGUCCCUCUCACACUGCCGGUAACCGGGUCCCUCUCACACUGCCGGUAACCGGGUCCCUCUCACACUGCCGGUAACCGGGUCCCUCUCACACUGCCGGUAACCGGGUCCCUCUCACACUGCCGGUAACCGGGUCCCUCUCACACUGCCGGUAACCGGGGGGGGGGUCCCUCUCACACUGCCGGUAACCGGGGGGCCGUGCAGCUGCAGCCUUCCACUACCGGUAACGCUGUGGCUGGGCCCCGCUGGGAGAUCCUGGCCCCAUGUGGCUACAAUCCCACUAAUUCUCAGCCAUAAAUACAUUUUGGGUUCAUGCCAGGGAGAGUAGGUUUCCAUUUACAAAGUGUACUGAGAAAGCUUGUCUGCUUUGUAACUGCUGUGGUAGAAGAGUCAGUGGUGAAAAUAUAAUCCUCUAAAGAAAUGUAUUGGAAAUGGUUAGUUACUCAUGUUACACUAGAAAUCAGAUGGCGCUGGUUAAAAACAAUCCCCACUUUCAAUACCCCACAAGCUUAUCCUGGCUGCAGAGGUCUUGUUUCUGGGAGUUCGUACUGAAAUUUAACUAUUUGGAGAAGAGGGAUAAGAUAUGGUUAACUAUAAAAUAUGACUUGUUGUCUCAAAUGUUACUGGUUUGUAUCAUAACAAAUGUUUUGAAUUUCUUUAGGAACACUGGACUUCGUCUGAAGACCAGGUACUUAUGCUUUACUUUAUAAAUGAUUGGGUCCCCAUUACAUUUCAAACUGACAGGCACAUGUAUCACUGGUGACUAUAAAACAGACUGCAAAUGUAAGCUGCAGGCAAUUGUGCAGCAUUUACACACUUUGUGGUCUCCGUUCUUACUAUAACUGGGCCACUUCAAGUGAUAUUUUAUUCAAACCAUGUUCUAUUUGGUUUUGGGGGUGUCCUUCUCUGCACCUUUUCCUUAUUUACCAUGAAAAGCAUAGUCUGUGUAUUUAAUUCUUCCCUGUCCUCUGCUAAGAGCACCAUGGUCUUCCAUAUACCUGUUGAUCUGGGGAAUAAUAAAUCUUUUGUUCUAUAAAGAUUUCUAAUGUUGUUUUUGUUUUUUACAGGGACAUGAGCCUAAGGAACCUGAGCAACUGCGUAAGCUGUUCAUUGGUGGCUUAAGCUUUGAGACUACAGAUGAUAGCUUACGGGAACACUUUGAACAAUGGGGAAAGCUAACAGACUGUGUGGUAAGUUCUAAAUACCAACUCCAAUGUUUAACUUAACGGACCACUAUAGUGCCAGAAAAACAAACUUAUUUUCAUGGCUCUAGUGUUAAUAGGCCCCCUGCCGCCAGGGUUAAGGGGGUAAACUCUUACCUUUCUCCAGUGCUGGGCUCCCUCGGCGCUGGGGACUCUCCUCCCUCUUCCAAAGCGCGAUCAUUCAAUCAGUCACUGGGAGACACACAAGAGCCUGGAUUAAUCCUAAUGUAAACAUAGCAUUUUUUUUCUGAAACUAUGUUUACAGCUGCAGGGUUAACCCUAGAUGGACCUGGCACCCAGACCACUUCAUUGAGCUGAAGUGGUCUGGAUGCCUAUAGUGGUCCUUUAAGGGACACUCAAAUGUCCAUUCCUGUAUUACAUUUUUUUUAUUCUUUAUUUUUUGUUGUGCAGGCUUGCAAUGCCACAAUAGCUAGUGCCAGCUCUUCAGGAAACAGGAUUUAACAAUUUUAUGGCAAUGUGAGAUUUCAGCUCAAUUUUAUAGUAUGAUAGUCAUGCAAGGCAAACAUGUUAAAUGCAGGCUACUAGUCUAGACAUGAGAACUCUGAGUGAUAUGUUUUCCGACCUGUAAGACCAACCUAAGUGGGGGAAAAAACUGCUGGUGCCUAGUUAACUGCAUAGCUACCAUUUUACAUUACGUGAGAAUUCAAGAUUAAACUGUAGUGGCUGUGGGUAAUAUGGUCUCCCUUUACCAUCUAGGUGACAGGCAUUAUGCUCACUCCAAGGGGGAGUAAACUAGAGGCGUUGCUUCAUAUAGAUAUAAUGGCAGGAGGGUGUAGUUAAAUAUGAAAAUAGAGGUUAAAAAAGGGUCUGGAAAUACAUGUAUUACUGGUACUGAACCUAAAGUCAGGAUGAAUGCUCUAUACGGUCUGUUUAAAAAAAAAAAAAAAAACUGAGCAAAGUAAACGAGAAGAAACGAAAUGAGAUUGUAUCUGGAACUCUCACUGGGUCACCCGCUCAGGUAGUAGGCACUUUUCCUGAGGCGUCAACCCACUCCCACCAUCGGCAGAAAUAGUGGGGAAUACGGUAGGCCGUAAGGGGGUGCAGCUUGUCGGUGUAGGGCUUCACAUCCUCUCCAGAUAUAGGCAAAAGUUGGCAGCUCUACCUUACGAGCUCGAGAGUUCGCGCGGAGUCCAGAUCUUUAGUGUACACAGAUGCCUGGUGUUUCCCCGCCGUGGGCGUUGGAGCAAAUGGGUGAAGAAACGUGGCUUUCUGCCAUCGUGGGAGAUGAGGGGUCAAGUCCUUGUUCCGCUUCUUAGGUGUGCUCAAUUAGAGGAGCAGGAUUCCACCAGUGUGUCACCCUUGAUACGUCAGGUCAUCAUGAGGCUCAGGCUCUCUUCCCUUCCCAUCCCCAUAAUGCUUUUUAAAGUUAUUUUUGUGCUAAAUUAUUGGUAGUGAGCUUGGCAAAUUUCUCACUCUGAUCAGGGAGUCUGAAUUAGUCAUGAAGGACUGACUGGUCUAUUUCAGAGCUCUCUGCACAUUAUCUGUUUUGCUUAGAGCAUGGUCUUCUGGGAUCUGCAGUUCGGUUAAUGUUCUACUUAUGAAAACUUACCAGGCCUGCCUCUCCCUGAAGACCCUGGUUUGCUUGCUGGCCAAUUUUAAUUUUUCCAAAGGAAUCAAGAUUAAGGCAAAUGCAUUUUUCUUUUAAAAACUUUUUAUUUUUUCUCCUUCUUUUAAUUUGACGCAAAGUAUACUGUUCUUCCAGGUUAUGAGAGAUCCUCAAACAAAACGCUCCAGAGGCUUUGGUUUUGUCACGUACUCAUGUGUAGAAGAAGUAGAUGCUGCCAUGUCUGCCCGGCCACACAAAGUUGAUGGACGUGUUGUUGAGCCAAAACGAGCAGUUUCCAGAGAAGUAAGGGGGUUUUUUUUGGGUUUUUUUUUUUAAAUAAAGCUUAAAGUAGUUAAUGACUUGAAAACUAAACGCCUCCACUUUAUUUUUAAGGAUUCAGUUAGACCUGGUGCACAUUUGACUGUGAAAAAGAUAUUUGUUGGUGGCAUUAAAGAAGACACUGAAGAAUACCAUUUACGAGAUUACUUUGAGGCUUAUGGCAAAAUUGAAACUAUCGAAGUUAUGGAGGAUCGUCAAAGUGGGAAGAAGAGGGGAUUUGCUUUUGUUACAUUUGAUGAUCAUGAUACAGUUGAUAAAAUUGUUGGUAAGUUAAAAUUGUGGUAUUAAUGAAGAGCCGAUUUAAUGUUAAGUGUCUUGCCAGGUCAAUGAUAUAUGAAGCUUUCCUAAACCUUUGUCACAAACUGUUAAGACCACGAGCCCCUUUUAACUGAAACGGCUUGAACAGUAAAUUUUUGCGUAGUUUUUCGGUUAAAAUUCUGUUCUUUGCAAAGUAUUUUUAAAAAUGCUAUUUUCCUUUUAUAUUAUGGGUUAUAGAUGGUACUCAUCCCACCUCUUUAAAUUUAUUUUUCAGUUCAGAAAUACCACACAAUUAAUGGGCAUAACUGUGAAGUGAAGAAGGCCCUUUCCAAACAAGAGAUGCAGACUGCAAGCUCUCAAAGAGGUGAGUUUUUCUCAAAUUUAUAACAAAGGCAUCUUAUGAGGGUAGUUUUAUACAAGCUUACAAAUUUUAUUUUUGCCCACCAAACCUCUUUAGGCCGUGGGGGUGGCGGUAGUAACUUCAUGGGCAGAGGCGGAAAUUACGGAAGUGGAGGUGGAAACUUUGGCAGAGGUGGUGGUGGUGGAGGUGGUAGUGGUGGAUUUGGAAAUAGAGGUAAGUGGUUUUUUUUUUUUUGUUUUUUUUUUUUCUCCACAUAAUGAUGGUACUGGCACUUUAAUAUAAAGUGUUUCUCCAAUGCGUUUUAUGUAUUUAAUUAGAAUGCCCUAUUGGCAUUUUGUGUCCUGCCCAUCCCGGUUUGCUCUUAUCCAGCGCUGUGCAGGACUCUUAGAGCAAAUAAAACCAUAGAUCGCAAGGAUUGUUUCUUACAAAUGGCACACUGUGUCAAGUCACUCAACAAAACACAAUUAUAGUGAGCAAACUAACAAAUAGUGGUGAGAGCACAUGAUUAAAAACAUUGACAACUACUGUAAUGUAGAGACAAAUAGUGUCCGGAGUAACAGAGUUCAAUGAAAGGCUUCUCUUAACGGGCAUCGCACGCAUGCUUCGUCCAUAAGGGGGACAUACAUGAUAUGUAUGUUAAGGAAAAGUCAAAGCUUAAAGUGAACUCUUUAAGACAGAUUCAACUCAAGUCAUAAUAGAACUGACUGGAGUUUUUGUUUUGUUUUUUUCUUCUCUUUGACUUGUCUAACAAAGAUUUGUUUACAUGUUCAGUAAACUGAAGUGGCUUAUCAAUUAUUUCCACCCUCUCUCAACAGGUGGCUAUGGCGGUGGUCGUGGAGGCUAUGGUGGUGGUGGCGGUGGUGGUGAUGGAUAUAACGGCUUUGGUGGAGAUGGUGAGUAGAUAAGAUUUAUUUUCUUAAAGGUACACUUCACUGGAACCACUACCACUUAAUGAAGUUCUGGUGUCUAACCUGUCCUAUUCAAUGUAAACACUGCCUUUUCAAAGAAGGCAAUAUUUACACUGGUGCCUAGUAACACAUCUAGUGGCUGUGACUCGGACCGCCACUAGAGUUGUUUCCUAUGUCUCCACAAUCUGUAUGGGUAUAUCUUCUAACCAUUAUUUUUAAUUAUUUUUUGACAAACCGAACCGUAAAAAUAAAUUUGUAACCAAUUCUAUUUCUUUUAAGGUGGUAACUAUGGUGGCGGCCCUGGCUAUGGAGGACGUGGUUAUGGUGGAAGUCCAGGGUAUGGAAACCAAGGUGGUGGAUAUGGUGGCAGUGGUGGAUAUGAUGGCUACAGUGAAGGUGGAAACUUUGGAGGUGGUAAGCAUUUACAAAGUACAUGUUACUUAAAGGAACAUAUGGGAGAUUGACUUCAGGUUCCCUAGCUUUUCAUUGUGUUAACAAUUUACCUCCUCUAAGCAGCCUUUCCAUUUUCUAGUACUCUGGCUUGACGACCAUUUUGUCCAAUCAAAUGCUUUGGUCAACAAGAGUCAGGCUCUGUUUGCACUAAGGAAGCAUUCUGUAUUGGCUGUGUGUGUAUAACGCCAAAAUGGCAAUGUUUUAAAUUGAGGGAUUAAAACUAACUUAUAACCUAUACACUAGUUUAGUUGCUUUCUUAGUUUUCUGUGUAGUAAUGGUUCUAAAGACGGUAGCAUUCGGAAUACGCAGUUGUAUUUACAUUAGUGUUCACCUACCUAUUUAGCUGUUCUUCCUGUGUGAGGGUUUGAAAAGGGAGUUAUUGCCUUUCUUCCCUGCCGUGGCUGCUCCGCCUCCCUGGCUGAGAUCAAUGUAUUGAUCUCAAUCAAUCCAUUGCUUCUGCAUUGGGGGGCUAGUGCCCAUAGUCUAAAUUGGUUCUCAGAGGUAAAUGAAUCGAGAGGCAAUCAGGAAGACAGCCGCUAGGGGUGUUAGUCCUGCAAUAGAAAUAUAGCAGGUUCUAUAAAACUGCAGUGUUUUACAUUGCAGACUUAAAACUAAUGGGCCUCUGCACCCAGACCACUGCGUUGGGAAGUGGUAUGUGUGCUAGUAGGGCUCAUUUAUUCAACUGGAAUAAACAUUUCAAACUUUGUUCUGUUGUGGAUUAAAGUCCUAAAUGCAUCAAGCAUGUAAAAAUCUCAAGAAAAGGGCAUUUUGCUUAUUAAGUCUUGAAUUCCUUUGCCAUCUCAGGUAACUACAAUGACUUUGGAAACUAUGGAGGGCAGCAGCCAUCAAGUUAUGGGCCCAUGAAGGGAGGCGGUGGAAGCUUCAGCGGUAGAAGCUCUGGAGGAAGUGGCAGUGGCCCCUAUGGUGGUGUGUACAACUGCUGUCCAGAUCUAUUUAGAAAUGUAUCAUCUACUGCAUGUGUUUUUUGUAUUAACUUAAAUGUUUCUCAGGUGGCUAUGGAUCUGGUGGUGGAGGCGGUGGCGGCAGCUACGGAAGCAGAAGGUUUUAA